AGUUGUUGGCAGCGACUGAUAUGAUGGUUAUCAUUCGGUCAUGAAAUUAAAAACAAUGAACUGCCGUCAGUGAAUUGUUCAUUCCCUAGAGUCGCACAUAACUAGGCUUUGCCUCUCGGUUUUUUUUACAGAUUGAGGGCAAAUUCAGUUGCUGCUGACUGCUACCUUAUGUAUCACCCAAUAUUCGUUUUACUCGCCAAGGCGGCGCUGGGAUGCACCAUUGUCAGACAUUGGAAUAGGUUAUGGUGGGGCACAGAGUUUUGUGAGAGGGGCUGAAUCUUUGGAAACAAAGUAAUGUGAUUGUGGGACGGGAGGGAUGAAGCGGCAACAAGUCAUCUCGCGCUUCUUUACACCCAAAUCUGUUGCUGCUUCCCCUGCCACUCCCUCUCCCACUGCAUCGACCUCCACUGCCUCUAAACCAGCAGGUGCGAAGCAGAGCUCCAGCGGUUCUGGAACUCGACCGCUUGUGCGCAUUCCGCCGGCCUCUUUGGAACCUGCUGGACCCGUGGGUGGAACACUACCAUCUUCAAGAAAUCUUAGUCAGGAUUUUCCAUUUUCGUCUACCGGAGUGAGAUCUACGAAAAAAAGAUCACACAAUGAGGUUGGUAGUAUUGAGAAGGACCAUUGUGGCACAGAGGGCAGUCAGGAGGAGAGGACUCUUACUUCAGUCAGUGGAAGUGAUGGCAGUUUAAGAGCUGGUCCUCUGCGCAAGAAGCGAGCGAUCACAAAAGCUGUGACACCUAUUGUGGCUCCUAAUGUGGCAGAAGUCGAGGCACCUGACAUUCCUAUAUCGGAUCAGGAAGUCUUAGACUACCCCGAGAAAGAUGAUGAGAUUUCUGAAUUGCAACUUCAGAGAGAAGCUCUGCGUGGCGGAGUACCUCAAUCUAUCACUCCAGAUACUGAGAAUGGAUCUGCUAGCGGAAGUGGCAUUGAGGAACCUGUUCCCUCGUCUCCUCAUCAACCUAUUGGGAUCCAUAAAAAGAGGGGUUGGGCUGCGAACAGUGCAACAGUAAUCCCAGCUGUUGAUCCUGAUCGUCACAGAAAAUUUGUGGACAAAUUGUUGGCACGAAAUAAUGAGAGGAUAACAGAGGAGGAGAUUCGGUAUGGGAAGCCACCUUCAGGCAAAUUGACAUAUACUCCUCUUGAGCUUCAAGUUUUGGAACUGAAGGAAAGGUAUCCUGAUGUACUGCUUAUGAUUGAAGUAGGGUACAAAUUCAGAUUCUUUGGAAACGAUGCAGAAACUGCUGCUCGUGUACUUGGCAUCUUUGCGUACUACAAUCACAAUUUUCUGUCUGCAAGUAUACCAACGUUUAGACUCCACGUUCAUGUUCGAAGAUUGGUGGAAGCUGGGUACAAGGUUGGAGUUGUGCGACAGACAGAAACAGCUGCCAUUAAGGCCCAUGGUACAAACAAAUCAGGACCUUUUACCCGUGGCCUGUCAGCUCUGUACACCCGCGCAACCCUUGAGGCUGCUGAGGACCUAGGAGGUGAUACAGAGGAUCAUGUAGGUCGUCUGCACAGCUACCUUAUGUGUAUUGCGGAAGAUCCCAUAUUACAAGGUCUUGGCAGUAGCAAGAGUAAGCCGGCAAAUUCAAAGAGUAAAUCUGCUGAAGUUGACGAUGAUAAAGGUGGCUACUAUGACGCACGAUUAGGGGUCGUGGCAGUAGAUCCUGCAACAGGGGAUGUGAUGUUUGGAGAUUUCAAGGACAGUGUCAUGCGUAACGAACUCGAAGCACUGUUGCUCACAUGCGCGCCUGCGGAGUUGCUGUUGGCAACUCCACUUUCCGCAGCAACUGAAAAGCUUGUCAUAGAACAUGCAGGGCCUGCCUCAGAUGUCCGCAUAGAGCGAAUAUCUCGUGAUUGUUUCAGAGAUGGAGGGGCUCUUGCAGAAGUGAUAGCUUUUUACAAAUCUAAGGGCGAAGAUGAUGCUGCAGAUUCUGUCGAAGAUGAGAAAGUAGAUCCAGGUUUGGAGGCUGUAAUGGCCAUGCCAGAUAUUGUCAUGCAAUCAUUAGCUCUGGCAUUGCGCUAUCUCAGGCAAUUUGGGAUGGAGAAAGUGCUUAAACUGGGAGCAUCCUUUCGCCGUUUUGCAGGCCAUAGCGAGAUGAGCCUUUCGCCAAACGCUCUUCGGCAGCUAGAGAUUCUGAGGAAUAAUGCAGAUGGAACCAAUAAAGGCACUCUGCUUUGGCUCAUGGACCACACGCACACUCUUUUCGGUGCUCGCUUGAUGCGCCAUUGGGUGACGCAUCCUCUUCAGGAUGAAGGAUUGAUUGCUGCGCGGUUGGAUGCAGUGACGGAAAUAGCGGAAUCUAUGGGGAGUGUGGGAGUUGCCCAAGGACACGGAAGUUUUCCUGGAAGUGGAAGGGGUGGGGGUAAUGUUGGGUCAUUGAGUCGCGAUGCUGCUGGCGAAGGAGGGAAGAAUAGCAAACAAGGUUUGCUGGUGUCACUGCUGAUGUCACUGGGCAAAUUGCCUGAUGUGGAGCGGGGAAUUACUAGAAUCUUCCUUCGCACGGCUACAGCUGCUGAGUUUGUUUCAGUGGUACAAGGGCUAAUAAAAGCGUCAAGACAGCUCCGUCAGCUGCACUUUGACCACAAAGAUUCAGAUAUGGAGUUAGAUGAUGUACACCCAAAGAGUGUGAAAUCUAGUCUUAUGAGACGUCUAGUGGCAGCUGCUUCAUCAGUUUCUGUAUCUGAGCCCGCAGCUCAACUCUUAUCUUCCCUCGACACUGAUGCAGCAGCUUCUGGUGACAAACUCAAGCUCUUCCAUUGCAGAGAUGGAAAAUUUCCUGAGGUUAAAAAUUGCCGACUUGCAAUCGAGGCAAUAGAGCAACAACUUGAGGACCUUCUUCCUAAUAUUCGAAAGGUGCUCAAGUCACCCAGGCUUGAAUACAUGAGUGUGUCCGGAACAACACAUUUAAUUCAGAUGCCUGUUGCACAUCGAGUGCCAGCAAAUUGGAUCAAAGUAAACAGUACUAAAGCAAUGCACAGAUAUCACCCUCCGGAGGUAUUGGAGGCAUUGGAUGCCCUUACUCUUGCAAAAGAGGAGCUUAGUAUCGCAUGUGGGCGUGCCUGGGAUGCUUUUUUGGCAGAGUUUGCUUCACAUUAUGUGGCUUUUCGGGCAGCUGUUCAAGCUCUUGCUGCUCUUGACUGUCUCCACUCACUUGCCAUUGUGUCUCGAAACCAGGGCUAUGUGCGUCCAGAGUUUGUAGGAAAGUGCGACCCUUCUCAGCUGUUGAUCACAGCUGGACGACAUCCUGUUCUUGAUGCGACGUUGCAAGAUGGUUUUGUGCCUAACGACACUUAUUUACAAGCAGACAAGGAACGGUGUCAAAUCAUCACUGGGCCAAACAUGGGUGGUAAAAGUUGCUACAUCCGUCAAGUUGCCCUGAUUACCAUCAUGGCUCAGGUUGGUUCAUACGUCCCUGCAACAUCAGCUAAAUUGCAUGUGUGUGAUGCGGUCUUCACAAGAAUGGGGGCAUCUGACAGCAUUCAAAAGGGGUCUAGCACAUUUUUUGAGGAACUCAGUGAAACUUCUUCAAUCUUGAGGCGUGCCACUUCAAGAUCUCUUGUUAUCAUUGACGAGCUUGGCCGUGGCACCAGCACUCAUGAUGGCGUUGCAAUCGCUUACGCCACUCUUCAUCAUCUUCUGAAGGAAAUAAGAUGCCUUACUUUCUUUGUGACGCAUUACCCAAGGAUAGCUGAUCUCAAAGAUGAGUUCCCAGGCAAUGUUAGCCCGUACUACGUCUCAUAUUUGGCAGAGGGUCAAAUAAAUAAGCAAUUGCCGGAAGCACAAAUCCCGCCCGUCCAGAGUGAGGGCAACAGUCGAGAGUUACGUUAUGCAGAAGAGGCAACUCAGAAAAUUACUUUUCUGUACAAACUUGUGCCAGGAGUUGCAAGCAGAAGUUUUGGGCUGCAUGUUGCUCGUCUCGCACAGCUGCCUGAGGUAUGCGUCCUGCAAGCAGCAGCGAAAGCUGCUAAGCUAGAAGAGGAGGUGAACUCAAGGACUGCAGCAGCAAGUGCAUCCUGUUCAGAACCCGAGUCCCAUUUAAUGGAUGUGGAGGGGACCACAAAGUUGUCGGAAGUGGCGGCUGAGAGAAGCCUUACUGGACUCUCUCUGGAUGACUUGACUAAACUACUGUCCAUGGUUGAAAUGGCUUGUAGUCACCAGGAUGAGGUCUCUGCUUUUUCUUGUGUGAAAGAAGCUCAAGCCCAAGCCAGGGCAGUUUUGAGUCUGCAUCAACAUCCUUAGUUGUGGAUAGUAGUUGAUAGUUGUUGAGGGGUUAGCACUAAGACACGGAAUUUUCUGGGUAGGUUUAGAACAACCUCUCAAGCUUCUUUGAGGUUCCUUAAGUAAUGAGCAAUUUCAUUCCCUCGAUUUAUUUGCUUUGACAAUGUAUAGAGCUAGGUGAGGCGUGCUUUCGUAAUGUCCAAGUUAUUUGUAAUAUAUGUUCACUAUGCCAGCUGAUGCCUAACUUAGCCGUGAAUUGAAGUUGGUUGAAUUGAUCCUUUAA